CCAGAACGGCGUGACAGAAUCUCAGAUCUGAGCUAACUGAAAAUGGUGAGGGAAAAAUAUUGUAUAGAAUAUUGUAUUUUAGCCCUCUGCUCCCGGAUAAUCAUACUUAAAAACCUAUUUUUCUUUCGCAGGCAACUUUAACGGAAGAUCAAAUCUCUGGUAUCUAUCACAUUGCCCAUUAUGGUUCAAGAUUCUUAUAUUAACUUAUUCUACGAUGCUCGAAACAUCGUUAAAAUGAUACAGCUGUUGUAGUUUUAAAUUUUUUCUUCACUUGUUGUUUCAACCUGUACCUUUUUUGUUUUUCGUAGAGCAUAAGGAGGCGUUUAUGCUUUUCGAUCGCCGAGGAGAUGGCAAAAUCGAUUCGGCACAAUUGGGUGAAGUACUCCGUUCUCUUGGACUCAACCCAACACAAGCUGAGGUCCACAAGGCGUUAAACGAGGUUGAUCCUUCUGGUAAGCAAUCAGCCUGUCUAAUAAUAUUAGAGAAUCUUGUAGCUGUGAUGUACCUGUCCAAAAACUACUCAGUUAUUUCGUUGGCAUGAUUUGAUCGAAAUACGUUUCAUGUUGACUUUUCAUUUGCCGCAACUUUGAAAUGGCUUGGAAUGAAAUAAGUUUUAAAGAGCUUCUUUUAGAUAAUAAACUUACUUAAUUCUAAAGUCUUCUUUUGUUUAUACGUACACUUCGUUUUAAAUCCUUAGCACAAUUUUGCGACCGAUCGAAGAAAUCGAAGUUGAUCUAGACUUUUGAGGAAAUGUUUCGCUUUCCUUGCAGAGUUCUUGCAGUUAACUAGAUAUUUAUCACAAUGACUUAACCCUGUUUGAUACUAGCUCGCGUGCGGACGAAAAUCCGGCUUUCGAUAUUGUAGAGAUUUUCGAAUUUUUGCACAAUUCAAAUGGACGUCAUAGUGAUAAAUGAAUUUUAAGUUUAUAUUUUUUAACAAUCGUGCAUAGAUGUAGUACGUGCUUGUCGCAGCGUGCAAACUUUUUGAGCUAAAAAUAAACAACUAGUGGUCUGCAGUAUAACUACUACAUUUCAACGGCAAACUGUAUUUCGUGCAAACGAUUCGUUCAGUUGUGUGUUUUUAAUGGGGGAAUCUUUUGUCAUUCUCCUUGGACUUUUUUCGUACCUAAAUUUUUACAAAAGAAUCACUGAACCUUGGAAUAAAUGGAAUCAUUAUUUUGGUUUGAUUAGCCUUUUUAACUAAGCGGCGUUCGAAGGGUGAGGCAAUUAACACAUGUAAAUAAACUUUUAGAUUGUGUUAAUGAAGUGACUUUUUAAUGAAAGCUGAAAGCCUUUUAUACUUCAAAGGUGCAAUAGUGUUUUUAUUGCUCAUUUAAUUGUUAAAUUUUCUGUAUACCUUAUUGACGAAUGAAAUUUGAUUGGAUACUACAAAAAAAUGAUAAUUUACAAGUGACUGUACUCAGUGUUCAUAGAAGUGAUCCCUAAAAUGAAAUUUUAUCCUCCCUAGAUGCCUGCUUUUAACCUUUUUAGCCCUGAGAGUGACUAGUAAUUAAUUUUUCCUUCUAAUAUCUUCCCUGAAUCAAACAUCAAGGAAAUGAGAAUAAAAGAAAUGAUCACCAACAGAAGAGACUCUUGAUUGUUAAACAAAUUCUCCUUUUCAGCACCUUAGGAAAUGUACAGAAAACAGUUUAGGGAAUAUUUAUAUUAAUGUUCAGGUUUUAACCCUUUAAACUCUCAGAAUGACCAGCAUCUAGUUUCUCCUUACAAUAAUACUGCUGAAUCAUUCAUUCAAGAUCAUGAGAAUAAAGGAAUUAAUCACCAGCUUAAGAGGCUCUUGAUUGUUAAACAAAUUCUCCUCGUCAGCACCCUAGAAAAUGUAUGGAGAACAGUAUGGAGAAUAUACAAACUGAUGUUAGGGUGUAAAGGAUUAAGGGUAAAGGUUGUCUCAAUGAAGUUUUAUUGUACCAUCUAAUGCCAAAGUUUUAUGAACAAAAAGUGAACUCUUUUUUAGGUUCUAAACGUAUCUCAUUCGAGGAAUUCUUGCCAAUCUUCCACUCCUUUGGUCAAAGGAAGGCCAGUAAAAGUACAAAUGAAGGUUUUGUGGAUGGCUUGAGAGUCUUUGAUAGAGAAGGAAAUGGCCAGGUAUCUGCCGCAGAGCUGCGUCAUGUGCUGACAGGAUUAGGUAAUUGUAUAUUUUGGUUCCUUUAUCUAUGAAAGUAAAUGAUGGAGAGGAAAAGUGAAUUAGAAGAGACAAGCAUUGAAAAGCCUGCUUUCUUUGCAAAUUAACACUUUAACUCCUAAGAGUGAUAACCAACUAAUUUCUCCCUACAAUUUCACCCCUGAAUCAAACAUUAAGGCCACACUUGAAUAAAGCAGGUGAUCAGAAACUUAGCUCUUAGUUGUUAAUCCUUUAAUCCCAGAGAGUGACUUGCAUAAAAUUUUUCCUUUCAUUAUCACUUUUAAAUCGCACAUUAAGGUCAUGAGAAUGAGGGAAAUGAUCACCACCUCAAGAUUCUUGACUGUAAAACAAAUUCUCCUCAUCAGUUCUGCAGGAAAUGUAUUGAACAGUGUGGAGAAUAUGCAUACUGAUGUCUCUUUUUGUUGCAGGUGAAAAAAUGACUGAAGAGGAGGUAGACUUACUCCUUAGUGGACUGGAGGACAAUCAAGGCCAAAUCAAUUAUGAAGGUGUUUAA